AUGGCAUCCCCCAAGUCAGUGUGCUACCAAGCUGGUCUGCUUGUCUUGCUCAUCACAGCUCUGGUGGCCCAGCAGAGCCACACUGCCGAGGCUCAGGUGAGUCCGCAAUGCACCUCUCGGCUGAACAACCUCAACUCGUGCGCGCCGUUCGUGGUGCCCGGCGCAGCCAAUCCUCAGCCCAGCGCCCAAUGCUGCGCCGCCCUCCAGGCGGUCGAUCAUGACUGCGUCUGCAACACUCUCCGCAUCGCCUCCCGCCUUCCCUCCCUUUGCAACAUUCCCCCCCUCUCUUGUGGUUCAUGCAAACUGAUGAAUCAACGGGAUGGGGUACUACUGCUCGACGAAAUAAUGAUGUGA